GCCUUUCUUGUACAAAUAUUUCAAGCAACAUUUUUUUCGUCUCCUCACAAGUUAUUCUUCCACAACCUCUACCACAAAGCUAUUAAAGGGUAUUAAUUGUAAUUACACCUCCAACCUUACAAGCUUGAUCACCCAAAAUAACUCUGGCUUUCCCAUAUAUUAUUAAUUUCUUGAAGGAAAAUAUUCCAAUCCAAUCUCUCAUGGCGUUUCCACCUACUAAAAUCAAGAUUCUUCCUCCUCUCUUUGCGACCAUAAUCAUCUGUUUCUGCUUUGUUUCGUCAUUGGCAGAGAUUCCACAUUUCCAGCAGCCAUUAAAAUCUGAUGGUUCUCUGAGCUUCUUAGUGGUUGGAGACUGGGGAAGAAGAGGACUUUACAACCAAUCCCAAGUUGCUCAACAGAUGGGAUUAAUUGGAGAGGAACUGAAAAUAGAUUUUGUGAUCUCUACGGGUGAUAAUUUUUAUGAAGAUGGUUUGACAGGAGUGGAUGAUCCAGCAUUUUUUGAGUCGUUUACUAAUAUCUACACUGCCCCAAGCUUGCAAAAGCAGUGGUACUGCGUUCUGGGAAACCAUGAUUACAGGGGUGAUGCUGAAGCACAGUUGAAUCCCAUUCUUACAAAAAAGGAUAGUAGAUGGCUUUGCCUGAGGUCAUUUAUAGUCAAUGCAGAAAUUGUUGAGUUUUUCUUCGUGGACACAACUCCAUUUGUGAAUGAGUACUUCAUAAACCCAGGGGAUCAUACCUAUGACUGGAAAGGUGUAUCUCCUAGGGAGAAUUACCUAGCAAAUCUGUUGAAGGAUGUGGAUUCAGCGCUGGGAAGUACUACUGCAAAAUGGAAAAUUGUUGUUGGUCACCAUACAAUCUUAAGUGCAGGACACCAUGGAAUCACAGACGAGCUUCUAAAGCAGCUUGUUCCAAUUCUACAGAAACAUAAUGUUGAUGCUUACAUAAAUGGGCAUGAUCACUGCAUGGAACACAUCAGCAGCAGCCACAGCAAAAUUCAAUUCCUAACAAGCGGAGGUGGCUCAAAAGCUUGGAGAGGAGAUAUAAGGAAGUGGAAUCCAGAGGAAUUGAAGUUAUAUUAUGAUGGCCAAGGUUUUAUGUCAGUGCAAAUCACUGACACCAACGCCAUUUUUGUAUUCUAUGAUAUUUUUGGCAAUGUUUUGCAUCAAUGGAGCAUAUCUAAAGAGAGUCAGUCAUCUGCAUAGAGAUACCAUAAUUAAGUACUGCUAGUGCUAGGAGUAUGUAAUCACUAUUUGUGAGUAAAAAAGCAAGAAAGAUUUGAAAAAUUAAAAAGAUAAAUUUGUAAUGAGGUACAAAAUAUAACUGAAUCUAUGUUUUAGCCAUGGAGGCUUCCACACUGGUCUGGUGUACAAACAAAUAUUGCUAUUAGUAGUUUGAAUUAUUUUUAUUUAAUUAAAUAUCUUCUAUGAA